AUGGUAUCAAGAUUACUUUUGGAGAUUAAGCUAAAGGCUAAAGAAACUAUGCUUGAAAAGCAGCAACAAGCAAUGCAACUCUUUUGCUUUAAUACCAAAAGCUUAAAGAAGCAGCAGAAUGCCAUGACGUUUGUAGAUUUAAGUUGGUACAAAGAAAUCAAUUCUGAUGUUGAGGUGACUGAGUUCAUAAAUGUAUAUAAUGAUAACUUCCGUGCUGAGAUAGUUAUUACAAUACAAGAAGCAGAAGGACAUGAAUCAAAUUCUACUCUUAAGGAGGUGGUGAGUUCUGAACAAGUAGUUGAAUGUUCUUUCAACCAUAAUGAUGUUAGUUUGAGUGCUCCUACAUCAUGUUCUAAAGAUAUAGCUGUUGGCACAUAUUUUCCUGAUGCAAUAAAUUUCAAACAUGCUCUACGAUCAGUUGCCAUCAAGGAGAAUUUUGGGGUUAGGAUCAAGGCUAGUGACAAGACAUGUGUUAUUGCUACAUAUGCGUAUCAAGGUUGCAAAUGGAGAAUUAGAGCUUCACUCUGUGAAGAUGAUCAGUCUUUUGAAGUUAGGAGACUUGAAGGAGAUCAUACUUGUCCUGGUAUCAAUCGUGCUGGUAAUAAGCUAGCAACUUCUACAUGGGUUGCCAAUGAAAUUCAAGAUAUUGUCAAAAGAAAUCCAAAUAUUCCUCCAAAAGAGAUCAAUAACAAUUUGGAGAAAGUGUACAGUCUGUCAUUACCUUACAUGAAGCUAUGGAGGUUAAGGGAGCUAGCUCGUGAUAAUAUAUUUGGUUGUAUAGAUGAUAAUUAUAAAUGGGUUCCAACACUACAAGAUGAAUUGAUUAGUAGAAAUCUUGGAUCACACAUCACAUAUACUUAUGACGUACGUGACAAUUCUUUUCAAAGAUUUUAUGUUAGCUUCAAGGUAUGUGCAGAUGUAUUCAAAUAUGGUUGUCGACCUCUUAUAAGUUUGGAUGCAUGCCACCUCAAAUCCAAGCAUCUAGGAAUGUUGUUAUCAGCUACCUCACUUGACGGUAAUAAUGGUUUAUUCCCCAUAGGAUUCGCUAUUGUUGAGAACGAAUCUAAGCAGACAUGGCUAUGGUUCCUAGAUAACUUGGGGGAAACCAUUGGUACAGAACUAGAACCCCUUGCUUUCAUUUCUGGUAUGGAAAAGGGUUUAGACGAGGCCAUUAGAGAAGUGUACCCUGGAGCUGAACAUAGAAUAUACUAUACAUGCAUACAAUAUUUCAUUACCUUACAAGUGGUCGCGAAGUCAGUUUAUGGUUGGGAUUUACCACUCUACCAAUACGAAUAA